AUGGAAUCCAACAAAUGUCCCCAUCACUGCAACUUCUACAAGACCCAGAACAAGUUGCUGCAGCUGCCCCAUGUCUCCAUCCUGGAGGCCAACACCGCAAGCACAUUCAACCCCAACAUGGGCCAGGUGGCUGAUGCCCAGUCACUGGUGAGUGGGUGCAACUGGAUGAUCAAGUGGAAUGCACCUGUCAGCAUUAACAGAAACGCCAUGGUGACCAGAUCUGGGUUCAAGUACAAUCUUGUUGGUCCCAUCCCAGGCCACUACUCGAGCCUGUACAACCAGAUUGUCACCAGCAUGCAUCAGAUCAACAUGCCAUACUGGCUCUUCAAGGGUGACUACAAGUUCACCAUCCAGCCAUAUGAUCCAAGUGCUGGCGUUGGCUACACCACCAUGUUCUGUUUCUCAAAUCAUGGUCAUUAG